CCACAACUUAAAGAAUGGCCGUUCGUUUGCUGUUGAGUGAUUUUACUGAUCGUGAUCAUCAUUAUGAUUUCACUCUGGAAAAUAUGCUCACCCGAAAACUCAUGUUCCGAUUUGAUCUCAAGUUAAUUCCGAAGAGUUUCAUCUGUCCAUUUUCUACAAAGCGAUCAUCAUCAAUUAAUGAUUUUAAUCUCAAUAAUACGGAAUUAAAAUUUAAAAAACCAGUCGAUGUAAAAUUCUCUCCUCAAUUUCAAUGUCUCAUCAUUUCCGAUGAGAAUGGACUCUAUUUUCUCAAUCAUAAGAAUGCAAGUUUGAUGAAAUUUGUGGCGGGAAAAGAUUUUGGAAGUUUGUGUGUUGAUUAUUGUGCUUCUGAUUGUGGAAAAUCAAAGGAUUAUUUGAUUGUUACGACACAGUUCAUUACUACUCAGAUUAGAAAGUAUGAUUUGGAGAAGAUAUUGUUUCAUUUCAAUGAUCAAUUGUGGAGGAGUGGUUUCGAAUGGAGCAAUUCUCAAUUGUGUAGAAUGAGUGGAAUUGCCUUUUCGAGGAGGAAUGCAAAGAGUGGAUCUUUGUUUGUUUCAGAUUGGACUUAUUGUUACAUGUUAAAUGCAGGAAAUGGAAAAGUAGUGACAAGAUUUCAUAUAUUCGAUAGCUCUCUACAAUACGAAAUGAGAAGACCCAUUCAUGGCAUUGAGUUUUACAAAGGUAAUUUAUGGCUUGUGGAGACUACUAAUGAUAUUUGCCAUAUUCAUCAAUUUAAAUGGGAAAAUAGCAAGUGGAAUAAUUUCAAAAUUCAUCAAUUUAAAUGCAAAGGUGCCACCUGUCGUGAUAUCAAGGUCAUUAAUGAAAAAUACUUGGCAAUCAGUGAUUCUAAAGGUAGAAUUCUCCUCUUUGAUUUGGUUGAUUUCAAAUUCCUUAGAAAGAGUCAAAUUACUAGUCAAGACAAAAUUACAAUGGAUGUAGGUCUGCAAGGAAUUUGUUUCAAUCCACUUUUAAAUGAAAUGUAUGCAUGUGACUUUGAAACUGAUAAAGUUCACAUUAUUUUGUGAUCAUUAUUC